AAUGUUGGCACCGCGUCGAAAGGUAGCAGGCAGCACACUUGCGCUCCGCGAAACGAUCGAAACCCCGAUUCGCCGGAAUCUCAAGGCCUUGGAAUUCGGAUCGUCGACGAUCGCAUCGCCAUGUGGUUGGAGAUCCUCUGCGGCCUGGUCUUCUACAAUUUCUUUCGGCAAAUCAUCAACGGCGAGGACGACUUCCCGGACAUUGAUACCUCCGAUUCCGACGCCAGUUUCGCCGUCGCCGCCAGAUUGGAGAAGCUCUAUGGUGGUAAGGCGUUCGUCGGGCUUCGGAUUCCCGACGCUGAUACCGGCACUCGGCAGCACAUAGAUGUCGUUCUUGUUACGAAGAGGGAAGCAAUGGUGGUGGCAGUCCGGAACUUUUCUGGUUUGGUGGCGAUUGAUGGGGGUGGGAACUGGGUUGACAAGAAGCACAAGUCUCAGACUCAUCUAAAUCCUGUGAUUGAAGUUAGCAGACAAGUAGCAGUUCUUGAAUCAUACUUGGAACAAAGAGGGUUGCUAUUGCCCAAAGGACAUGUAAUUGGUCGAGUCAUACUUCCAGAUUCAAUUUGCAGGUCUGCGUCCUCUAUUUAUUCCCACCCAGAAGUGAUUUCUUCUCAUGAAUGGAAAGAGCUCAAGCCAGAAUCAAGAGGUGGAUUUUCUAACUGGAUUAAAAGAGCAGUUGGCAAGAAUGAUAUGCAAGAUGGUUUCUAUCAGAAGCUUCACUUUAUCCUGAGUACAUCACCAAUGUGGGACCGCUUAGAACUUAAAAGCAACAGAAAUAUUCUUGGUGAGUUCCUUAAGUUCAAGGGAUAUCAACAUGACAUGCAAGCUUUGAAAAAUGUGAAGAGAUCAAAAGUUGGUCGAUUCAUCGUCCAAAAGCCAUCUAUCUUAGGUUUAGGUAGCUCAAGGCUUCAGUUACUAUGUAUUCAACGUGAUUAUCAAAGCGAAGAUGCUUUGUCUGAUGAAUGCAAGGAGAUUGCUGUGGAGCCAAGCACAGAGGUCCUAUUCCAGCCACUGAACUCCAACAAACUUAAGAAGUUGAAGCUUUCAAGCAUUGUACGUGCAACUCUCAGUGGGUAGGCCUGCACAUAUGUUAAUUGCAAGCACUCUGUGUUGAGUUCAGAGUUCAAUCCCCUGAUAGUUGCAAAUCUAAGUAUAAUGGUUAUUGGUUGUAUGUACAUAAAACAACUUUAGUUGCUCCACCCUUGUUCGAAAACAAAAGUAAAUUACGAUGUAGUUCAAUCUGUUUACUUUUUUCUUCUGAAAUAGACACUGUAAUUAAGCGAGAUCCCGGAUCAAACUGUGUCUGUUAGCAGCAAAAGGUCAUGCCACAAGUUUAUGCUCGUUUUGGAGAAUUCUUGUGUAGUUUGAAACCACGGCUGAUCAGCUCUAGUUUUACUUUUGAAA